AUCGAACCCUGGGUACUGCAUCUGCUACUGCUAAAAGGUGAAAACCGUUUCACCAGCAUGACUUGGACGUGCAACACAGGUGGCCUUGACAAUGCUCCAAGAAGCUGAUUUACGCAGAGAAGACCUGGAAAUUGCCUUUAAAUUGCUUGAUGAAGAGGGUCGUGGCUGGAUCGACAACGCCAAGGUUUUCGAUCUACUCCUGGCGCUUAACAAAUACAGGAAUGUUCCUUGUGUGCAACGCGGAAAAAAACACUAUCUCGAGACACUUGGUAGGCACCAAAACUUCGAAAGGGUGACGACCGCUAAGCCAGAGCGGCGGGCGAAGCAAGGUGGAGCAAACGACAGGCACCAGAACCGUGAGGUGGAACAACGGGAGACGGGUGCUAGGAAGCAAUCAAUGAACCGGAUCUUUCAUGAGUACUUUUACAAGUUUAUCGUCAUAUACCUCGACGAUAUCCUUAUCUUUAGUAAGAUUGUAGAGGAGCACACUGAGCACGUGAAAAUAGUGCUAGGUCUCCUAAGACAUCACCAGUACAAGGUUAACUUGGAGAAAUGCGGAUGUGGUCGCACCAAGAUCCUGUAUCCGGGUCAUGAAAUUUCCGGGGAUGGUUUAAGGCCGGAUGAUGCCAAGGUGGCGAGCAUACGUUACUGGCAGCUGUCAUGCGCUAUCGCUGAUGUGGCUGCUGCCACGUGUAUCAUUGGCUUACGUGGCUACUGCCACGUGUUCUAUGGCUGGGACUACGUAAUCGGCAUUGCUGUUCUGUUUCGUCGUCACUUCAGGAGGAGAUCAGGACUGUGGAGAGUUCGAGGAUACGUACCUGGUGGUCUUCAUGUCGACAUUGCUCCAAAUGCUGAUGUGGAACUGAUUAGACAGAUGCAGAGGAGAUAUCAGUUGGGAGAUGAACUCCUUGCAACGGAGGACUUGGAAAGGCUAGAGAGGUCUAAUUUCACCUUCACGAUGGCAUUCGAGAAGAUGGCGAGGGAGGUUCCAGGGUUGGCCGAGGAGUCUCAAUGUGCCAUCUUCAUGAGCAACUUCACAGAAUGCGAGAGUGUUUCCCUGACAAGAAGAGGAGCCAUAGGACGGAAGUUGACGUGGGAGACAGUGAAGCAAAGUUUGGCGGAUGGGGAGCUGGACCGGGUGUACCAGUUCCAGAUGAAACAACAACGGCAGAAACGAAAGGCCCGAGUUGUUACUGAAGGAGCAGGUAUCAACCUUCAACAACUCAUCGCGGAUGGAAUAGCUAAGUACCAAGCCGACCAACAGAAGGCGGCAAGGAAACAGGUUUUGACAGUGACUCAGCCUCAGGCAAAAGCUGCGAAGAAGAUGGUGGUAACGGGUGGAGUGGAUGAUUCGAUGGAAGCGAGGGAAACGGGUGCCAUUAUGGCGGAGAGACGCGAGAUAGUCGGGGUAGAGGGUUGCGAAGGUACGGAAGAGGGCCGUGCGGAACCGAUUGUGGUCUUCGCAUGCGGGGAUAGUCCCCGCGGUUGUGCAAUAGACCUCGAUUAUAUUGUGGCCCCGGCACGCGGCACUAAAGAGAAGGACGUGGAGGCAAAAGACAGGGGUGGCGCACUGAGUAGAGGGGUGGGGGUGUACUGUGACAGCGAGGCGGGUAGCGUAGAAGUGACGGAAGGUGUCGGUGGGGAAGGGGUUGUGGGGGAAGGAGAUCGGGGCGGUGAUCUGGCGAAGGGUGAGGUAAUCAAGGGGACGACGGGAUAACGACCGGGGACGAAGCCCGAUGCCCCGCAUCGG